ACCAUUACAUCCAAUACAGUAACUUCUGAGGCGUCUCAAACCACAUCCUCGCCUGAACCAACCACUCCCAGAAUAACAGUAAUCACUUUGCCUAAUGCAACCAGCAUGGUAUCUGAACCAACUGUUCAGACACUCAAAUCACCAUCUCCUCAACCAACUGGAACGCCAACAGACCUACCAACCACAACAUCAACUGUUUCACCAACAACCCUACAUACUGAAACACCCACUUCUUUACCAACUACAAAACUAACAAUACCAUCAACUAAACCACCAACUGGUCCACCAAACACACAACCAGUAACAUCACCUGCUACGCCAACAACUCAAAUAAUCUCUAGACCAUUCACGACUCCAAAACCUUAUAACUGCCUAAAUGGUGGAUAUGACAAUGGAUUCAAUUGCACAUGUCCUAUGGGAUUCACUGGAAAAAUUUGCCAAUUGGUGGAAGCAUUUGAACCAGUUACACUCAGCAGGUCAGUUGUGGUUGACAUGGUGAUCAAUCAAAAAUAUAAUGAAAGAUAUGAAAACAAAACAUCAUCUGAGUACAAAGAGUUUGUCAGAAACUUCACCUAUCAGAUGGCAGAAUAUUACCAUGGAAAGAAGAUAGCAAGCUUUAAAGAGGUGGUUGUAACUAGUGUCAGCCGAGGAGGCCCUUCGGUCAGAUUUUUGGAGGACACUCUGGAAGAGAUAUCAUCAGCCAUGGCCAUCUACACAAUUACAAGAGAAGAAGGUGUUAGAGUCAUACAUGAUGUGGUUUUUGCAAUUCCAAACAACGCCAGCUCUGAAGAAAUAUAUGUUGACAUCUCCAAAGCAGUUAAGGAGGCUGCUGACAACCUUGUUGACUGCACAAGAGAUUGUCCUUACAAUGUCACAGCUUCACCCAGUGUGAAUAUAACAGACUUGGAUUUGGGAUCUGUUUGUGAAAGGUCUGUGAGCGAGUCAGAUGUUGCUGAAUACUACGAAUCUGUGUCAUUCAAUGGAGCAGUCAUAUGUGUGACUGUAUGUGAGAGUCUACAUUCACAUUCUAAAACAUGCUACAAUAAAGGAAUCUGCAAACUGCACAGGGACACUGGACCUCUUUGCGAGUGUCAAACAGUCAAUUCCACCUGGUACUUGGGCAAUGACUGUAGAUUCCCUAUACAUAGGACUGCUUUCUACGUAGGGCUAAGUGUGACACUUGCUUGUCUGUCAGUGACUGUGGGAGCCUUGACUACAUACGUGAUGAUCAACAAACACAAGCAAACACGGAGAAGAGACAUUAAUGAGAAGCUGGUGAACCAGUGGAUAAAUGAGGAAUUUGAAUGGUGCAGAUCCAACAGCUCAACUGACUCAUACAAUGCUGGAGAUUACACAAACUCUUCAUUCACAUAUGAAAGAUCAGACAGCCACAGAGAGAUUCCAGGUGAUUACAGACAAUCUGUACCUGUCUACCAGCUGACUCAACCAUCUUUGGAUACUAACAGCUUUGAACAGUCGAGUCCAUUUUCCAAUUAUAGUCUGUCUGUAACACAAGAAGACUUCUCAUCCAACCUGCCGAUGAGGAUCAGCAGACAUCAUAUCAGGACAUGUACAGAUGCUUGAGCAGUGAACUGAAAACCAACUGGAUGUCACUUGUUUUUUCAAACUGGUCAAACCACCUACAGGUGACAGGACAACACUUUCCAGUCCAAAGGAGUAUAUCUCUUUGUCUCAAUAAAUUCUGUUUUUGUCAAAAAAAUAUGCUUAAAUCGGUUAAUCCAAA